AACACAUGAUGGCAAUUAAUGACAGAUUUGUUUUAACAGUGGCAAUAGGUGUACUUGCAAUGCAAAUGACCCUGGCCCAGAGACCCCCCUUUGCCGGUAGCCGUCCACCAAAUGGCCUCAAUCAAAAGGAUAAAUACAACACAAAUUCGAUUUCGUCAACUCCCGAAGUUUCCAAUCGCUUUGGUGAUUCAGCAGAGCCCAUUAGCAAUAUCAUACCCUAUGGCCAGCCACAGAGACCUCCAGUGGGCCAUGUCGUUACGCCCAUAACACCAUAUAUACCAUUGCCAUCGCCAGCUAAUGUACCGUCAUCUGUUCCCAACACCAAUGCCAGUGGAGUUAACUUUGCUGAUCGUUUUGGUGAUGCUGGUUCAAAUGCCGUCAUAUCACCUGGUGCCUCAACCACUACAUCAAGGCCAGUACGUCCCUUGGAUGCCCAUGGCGAUCUGGCGUUAAUCGACAAACUGAGUAAGCUACCACCAGAUCAACAGCCAUUCUGGUUUGUCAACUAUCAGGCCAUUGAAGCCCAACGCAAUGGCACGGCGGCAAAUGUUGCAGGCUCCAUAUCGGCAAGGGGAUCAUUUUUCGGUUGAU